AUGCCGCUGCAGGACGAGACCCUGCGCGAGGUGUGGGCCUCCGACAGCGGGCAUGAGGAGGGCGGCCCAAGCCCGGAGGCCCAGCGGCGCCCCAAGCAGAAACCGAGGAAGAAGAGGACGGAGACCCCCGGGUCCCCGGACCCCGCGGGCCCCAAGCCGCGCAGACCCGGAGGUGGGCGGGCGCGGAGGGCGCGGCCGCCCGGCGACCCCGGCCCCGACCCGGGCCCGGACCCCGCCGUCUACACCAGGUUCCUCAGGGACCCCGAGGCCAAGAAGCGCGACCCCCGCGACACCUUCCUGGUGGCCCGGGCCCGGGACGCCGAGGAUGAGGAGGGGGAAGAAGAUGACGACCGGGAGGAAGAGGAAGAAGAUGAAGAAAAGAAAAAGCAAAGUCCCGUGCCUGCCAGGAAGCCCCCGAAGGACAAGGCUUCCGGGGACAAGAGGGACAGGAGGACCAAGGCCCCGGGCCCCAGGGGGGACCUGGGAAGCCCCAAGCCUCCACAGAAGGCUCUCCGCACUAAGAAGGAAGCUGGGGACAGGACUAGGGUGAAAAAGGCCAAGAAGAAAGGGGCUUCGGAGGCUGAGAAGGAUCUUGAGGGGAGCCCAGCGGGAGAGGAGAAGAGCCCAGCUGCCCUGUUCCUGGUCAGAGAAUGUGGUUCUGCUGGGAAGGCUGGGAAGAAAAAAGGCCCACCCCGAGGCGCAGAAGAGGAUACAAAGGAGGAAGAGGAGCACGAGGAGGAGGAGGGGGCGGCUGUGGCAACCAAGAACAGCAAUCAAAAGGGCAAAGGGAAAGGAAAAGGCAAAAAGAAGGAGGAGAGGCCAACGUCCCCACCCGUGGAGGUGGACGACCCCCGCGAGUUCGUGCUGCGCCCUGCCCCACAGGGCCGGACCGUGCGCUGCCGCCUCACGCGCGACAAGAGGGGCAUGGACCGGGGCAUGUACCCCUCCUACUUCCUGCACCUGGACGCCGAGAAGAAGGUCUUCCUUCUGGCCGGCCGGAAGCGCAAGCGAAGCAAGACAGCCAAUUACCUCAUCUCCAGCGACCCCACCAACCUGUCCCGCGGUGGAGACAACUUCAUGGGCAAGCUGAGGUGGGGCAGGGUGGUCACCCGUGUCCUCCUACGGGGCAUGGUGCCUUCUGGAGAGGAGAGGAGCGAUCCCCAGGCCAGCGAUGGGCUCCUGGUACGGUGGCAGAACAAGACCCUGGAGAGCCUCAUUGAGCUACACAACAAGCCACCUGUGUGGAAUGAGGAGAGCGGCUCCUACACGCUCAACUUCCAGGGCCGGGUUACCCAGGCCUCGGUCAAAAACUUCCAGAUCGUCCAUGCCGAUGACCCCGACUACAUAGUGCUGCAGUUCGGCCGCGUGGCUGAGGACGCCUUCACCCUGGACUACCAGUACCCGCUGUGCGCCCUGCAGGCCUUUGCCAUCGCCCUCUCCAGUUUCGACGGGAAGCUGGCCUGCGAGUGACCCGCAGUGCCCGGCGC